AUGUCAACCAGAGUCGCGGAAUGGUGCUCUCUACAGCCAUCAGUGAGAUCGCGAGAUGAAGCUUUCCCAGUUACUUUACUUCCAUUGCUGCCAAAUGAGGCUGUGGAUGAGUCCUCCUCAAUAAUCGAAUGCUCGACAUUGCUGAACGUUUCUUGUCUAAAGGGUCUGAAAACGCGAGAUGGCUUCAAUUCCCUCAUUGAUAGCUACUCACGCUGGAUCAUGACAGUGACAGAUCAAACGCACAUCGCAUUUCUGAUUACUGAGUGGGAGGAAGGACCGGUGCCCAAAUGUGCAGUUGUGUCAGCACAACGUCAAUCUGAAUACGAAAUCCUGGAGUGGGCCGCAUACAAGACUUCUUCGGAAGACCUUACUCCUGAGGAAGAACGUCUGGAAUUCUCUUUAUGUCUGAGCCACAAACCAGCAAUUGAAAAACUCGUGAAGGAAACGGCAACUUCCUUUUGGGAAAAAGCGCUCGAGGGAUUUGCCGGUCUCAAUGAGAUUCAAUUCCCAACACUCUCGGGGAUGCGGGCCCGCGAUUCGACUACAAGCCCCGCGUGCAUAACAAAAACCCUUGAUAUUAAGAUAUCAUGGGAACGAGUUGAAGAUCUCGCCCAAAAAUUUGGUCUCAGAUCUGGUAUCUCUGUGGUCCGCGCGGCCUUUGCAUACACGCUGGCUGAAUAUAUGGAGACAGACAGGAUCAUCCUGGGAGACCAAGACCUCGCAGACAUGAGCAGAGAAAACUCGGUUAAUCUGAUCCCAUUUCGUGUUCUCUUGGACGAUACCUCUGAGACCAUUUUACGCCGCGAUGAAGAAUUUGUACCAUACAAUGCCCUCUUCGCGUACGAGCAGAAUGUGGUCCCGGAGCAAGAUCGGAAAUCUUCCCACGACGCAUCCCGGUCUCUUGCAGCCCCGAUAGAACUCAUUCUUCGAAAACUGGAGCAGGGCCAGCCAGCCUGCACACUAUCUUCCGGGUCUCUGCUGAUGGAUCUGUCUCAUUUGGAGCUUGUGCUACAACAGAUAAAUUCUUUGAUUGCCGCAAUGUGUUCUUCUCCCACCGAGCGGAUCCGAGAUCUCGCCCAGCUAUUUCCAAAGGAACUUCUGUCUCUUCACUCCGCCGCUGCGAGUGACAACCUCCAAAGAGCCCCAUUACUAUCACCAGCUCACUGGGUCGACAAAUGGGCUGCUUAUAACCCGUCUUGGGUCGGACUUGAAAUUCUCGAUGCAAUCAGUAAGGACAAUACCGUAUCCCGGACAUGGACAUAUCGCGAUCUUUCUCAUACCUCCGAUCAACUUUGUACAUGGCUCGCCGGCCACGGGUGGUGCAACAGAUCAAUAGCAGUCUGCCUCGAUCGCUCAUUCAUGGCCUACUGUCUAGUGCUGGCCAUUUGGAAAAGUGGCAACUGCUAUGUGCCAAUCGCCGAAGAUCUUCCAGUGGCGCGCCAGCUCUUCCUUCUCUCAGAUAGCGGAGCGACAGCUUUUUUUGUCGACAAGUGGGCCUCGAAAAGCCUUCUCUCCCCUGAAAACUGCGAGGUGAUUGAUAUAGACGGCCUCGAGCUCCCUGGUAAUCCUGAUGUGGUCGACAAAAUUUCAGUCAACCCGAAGCCGUCGGAUGACUGCUACCUUCUUUACACUUCUGGGUCCACCGGAACGCCUAAAGGAGUGCUUGUUAGUCGUGGAAACCUAUCCGCCUUCACUGAGGCGCAGUCGGAAUAUAUCUGUCACGAAGUGCCGGAUACCCCGGGAUUGAAGGGAACAGGCAGCUAUCUUGCGCAUGCCAGUCGAGCCUUUGAUGUGCAUAUUUGUGAGAUGGUUCUGGGAUGGAGGCAUGGCCUUCGCUUGGUCACAGGUCAGCGAGAUAUGCUUCUGGAUAAUCUCUUCUUGGUUCUGAGUUGCUUGAAAAUCACCCAUGCUGGAUUUGUGCCCUCGCUUCUCGAGCAUGCAGAGGUUAGUGCGGAGUCAUUGCCUGACCUACGCUACCUCGGAGUCGGAGGGGAAAAUAUUUCAGAGACAAUAAUUGAACGAUUUGUUGGAAAACAGUCAAUUGCUCUCAUCAAUGCUUACGGACCCACUGAAGCGACGAUAGGAUUCACCAGCCACACUGUGAAACCAUGGUCCACGGUGCGCAAUAUCGGUACCGCUGUGGGAAACAUCACUAUUCAUGUUUUCGAGCCAGAAACAACUAAAUACACGAAACGAGGCCAAGCGGGAGAGCUUUGUGUUACUGGUGAUCUGGUCGCAAAUGGAUAUCAUCGCAGGCCUAAUGCGACCGGCUUCACAAACCUUGAUGGGCAGCGGAUGUAUCGUACCGGAGACAUUGUACGCUUGAUGGCCAACAACUGCAUUGAAUACCUCGGACGGCGAGAUAGCCAGGCUAAAAUCCGUGGCCAGCGCCUGGAGCUUGAAGAAGUCUCCAUUGCAGUUCGUCGAUGUGCACGAUUUCCAGUCCAAGUGACUUCCAUGGUGACACCUUCGCCAAUUACGAAACGACCCCAACUGGUUUCUUUCAUCAGCCCAAUCGGGGGCAGACCAUAUUCUACCGGUGUAAAGGUUAAGUUUCUGAAGGAUCGAUACCAAGAGUGGGUGCCGAAGAUCUUAGAAAGCUGUCGUAUCGAGCUGCCAGCAUAUAUGGUACCAAGUGUUCUUCUUCCAGUUUCCACCAUACCUGUCCAGAUUUCAGGAAAAGCAGACAAGCGUCAUUUAGUGGCGCUGUAUGAAAGCAUUCCCAUCUCUGAUUUGCUAUUAGGGCCCCGGGAAACUGCAAUGGCGGACCUAGAGUCCAUUUCGGAGUUAGAUGCUGCACAUUUGACAGCUGAGCAGAUGAAAAUUCGGGAUAUCCUUUGUACUCUCGUGGAUGCAGAUCAAAAAUCGGUCACUAAGGCAACGAAUAUUUUCCAAUUGGGAAUUGACAGCCUGGACUCUCUCAGUGUGGCAGCAAAACUGCGUCGAGUGGGAUACGUUUGUUCAGCAGCCGAUAUCCUCGGUAAAUCUAUUGCACAGCUCGCAUUAUUGCCACGUUCCUAUACAAUUCAGGACCAAGGGCACAGAGAGAACUUUUCCGAGGCACAAAAAACCGAGGCUUCACGGCGAUUGGAGCAGCUUGACCAAGAGUUUCGAAACUCGCAGACUCAAAUUUCGAAUUCUUGCGUUGCUAUCGUCCGACCAUGUCUGCCUCUACAGGAAAGCAUUGUUUCCACUUCCAUUGGCAGCCCGAUUCCCUUAUAUGUCAACCAUAUCCUGUGUCGCUUGGGGAAGGGCAUCACCCUCAAAAACUUAAAGCUGGCAUUCGAAGACUUAAUGCAGCACAACGAGGUUCUGCGCACGUGUUUCCACAUUGCUAACAACAAGAUUUUUCAAGUUGUUCUGAAACCUCGGGUGGUCGAGAUUCACUGGGAUGAAGUUGUGGUCUCCGAUGAAAAUGUUGCCCGGCGUCUUUUCAACACCCGCCAAACCGAAACUGCGUCCAGCAUCAUCCGAAACAUCGAAACCAAGCCUCCAUUUCAUAUUUUAGCAGCUUUUCCAGUGUGUGAGGAGGAGCCAGGAUGGUUUAUGUUGUCAAUCCACCACUCUAUAUUUGAUGGUGCCAGCAUGGGCUUGCUCGUCAAGCAGCUUCACCAUCAUUAUACCGGGGCUACGUCAAUGAUUGCUUCAAAGGCCUCGACAACUGCAGCUUUCAUUGUGGAAACAGCAUGGGCGGCCAUGUUAGCAAAGUGUCUCCGCCAAAGAGACGUCAUAUUUGGUCGAGUUAUGGAUGGUAGAAGUAUUCCGGUUGAGUCAGUGGAAAAAUUGCUCGUCCCUCUUGUCACUACUGUUCCUGGUCGGUUCCGACUCCCUUCCCAAAGAACAAGUCUUCUUCGGCAGGCAAAAUUGCAUACAGAUGCUAUGCUAGAGUCUCUUCCCUAUCAGCAUACGCCUCUUCGUGCGAUUCAGCGUUACACUCAGGCACCGGGCCCACUUUUCAACACGUUAAUCUCUUACAUUCCCAUCGGCCCUAGGUCAUCUGCAGAGAACAUGCUGUUUGAGAUGGAUAACGUUAUGCCAGCGAAUUACCCACUUGCAUUAGAGGCCAAAGCUGACUCGCAUACCGACACGAUCACUUUGCGCUUGAGAAUCUCCAAUGCUCUCUCUUCCAGUGAAAGAUAUGGAUCUUUGAUUGAUAAAGUUUCUACUCUUUUAAGUGACCUGAUUGCCGAUGAGGAUAUUAUCAUCGACGCCACAGGAUCAUUCGAGUCACGCAAGAAAGAGAAACCAACAUGGGAUGAAACUCAAUGGACCGAGGAUGAAGAGAAGAUCCGUCGGGCCGUUUCUGAAGUUUCUGGUCUGUCAGACUCACAGGUUUCAAAAAAUGCAUCAUUUUUUGCCUUAGGGAUUGACUCCGUGGUAUCUAUUCAUCUGGCGCGCUGUCUGAAAAAGGAAAAUAUCGACGCGUCUCCAAGUGACAUCCUGAGGUAUCCAUCUAUCGGCGCUCUUCACAAUCAUUUCAAGCAACCUCGUGCCGUAUCAGUUCGAAAGGAGGCUCUCGAAAAGUUGCCGGAGCAUAACAUGAGCGCUGAUUUGUUCGACCCAAAUGACUUGAUUGUUGAGAUGUACCCUUGCACACCUUUACAGACGGCAAUGAUUGGCCAAUCUUUGGGCUCUGAGGGCAAGGAAUAUCUUCAUCACCACGUGGUAACUCUUAGUGGCUCAGUCGACCUGGAGAAGCUAGUCACUGCCUGGCAACAUACAGUGGGAGAUGCCGAUAUUCUUCGUACUUCAUUCCACCGCCAAGGCACCAAUAAUCAAUUCUAUGUUGCGGUCCACAAGUAUCCUACCGUCCAAUUGUCGCACCAGCCGAACAGCGCAUCCCUACCUGAAGCCAUCGAAAAAAUAUCCCGAGAGGCGUCCUAUGCCAGGACUGCAGCCUUCAGAGUGCCUCCGUGGUAUGUCACUUUCAUUACUGGAGAAUCCCAGCGAUUGAUGGUCGUCACAAUGCAUCACUGUCUUUACGAUGGCUUUUCUCUUCCACUCCUCUUUUCAAGUUUAGAGAGGCGCUACUUUGGUUAUUCAGAUCCUCUGGGCUCCUUCGCGCCUGCUGCGCGCGACAUAGCAGCCAAACAAGGAACAUCGAUGAAGUUUUGGACACAUGUGCUCUCGAAUUACCAGUAUCCGGGGUUGCCGCUCUCGUGCACCAACAUACCCAAUGUUCGAUGGGCAGAGAUAAGAGUACAAACUCCGGUCCCCGAGUUACAGCGUCGGUGCGUUUCAAUAGAAGUGACCUUACAGAGCGUCGCUCUGCUUGCUUUUGGGCGUUCUUUGAUGCCAAUGAUUGGCCAGCGUGACGUUGUGUUCGGGCACGUAGUAUCCGGCCGCGGCUUCGAUAUCGAUCCCUCCAUGACUGUAAUAGGUCCUCUGUUCAAUACUGUUCCAUUCAGACUGAGGCUUGAGUCUGCUAAUCAGAGUGUCCGUUCGGCUUUGCAAGAUAUCCAACAUUUCUCCCUCAAUUCUCAGCCUUACCACCAUGCAUCUUUGAGUCUCAUACAAAAGGACUGGCGCUUGAAAAACAGAAGGAACGGUUCUUCGCUAUUCGAUACGCUUUUCACAUUCAACAAAUACUCAGAAUUCAGCUCAGAAUCAAUUUUCCAGGCUUAUGACUCGUCUCUCCCACCCGACGCACCUCAUUAUAGUCUCAACGUGGAAUUUGAUCAACGUGCCGACUCUCUUGUAAUCCGGACGAUAAGCCAUGAUUUCCCAGAAAACAAGAACGGCUUAAAAGUUUGGACCGAGAACCUUGCUCUAGGGAUUGAAAACAUCCUCUCUUCUAGUGAUGCGCCAGCUCUCAGCUUCCCCCCCGGAAUUGAUAGCUUGCCUUUGGUCACUAGUCCUCGGAACAAGACAGAAGAAUACUUCGAAGAUGAUCCUACUCUUGAGACCUAUUUGAAAACUCUGAUGCAUGUACUUUCGGAAGUGACAGGGGUAGCAUCGGAAUAG